AUGCGCUGGAUUCGAGGACUCACAGGCAUCACCGCCCUCAUGGCGAAAGGCAAGCUGACAUCUACAGACAUCCAAUCCAUUGACGCUACCACGGGCUUCACAUUCUCGUCUUGGACAAACGAUCACGGCAUCGUCUAUAACAUUGCAGUGCCAGAUCCUGUCCCCGCAGAUGGCCCAUAUGAUCUGGUCUUCCAGGCCAUUGUGCCCAAGGAUAUUGGCUGGAGCGGGAUUGCAUGGGGAGGCACUAUGACCUACAAUCCCCUGACCAUCGUGUGGCUUAACGGAGACAAUGUAACUGUUUCGUCUCGCAUGGCAUACGGUUACUACGUACCUCCCGCCUAUGACGGCUCCGUGCUCACUGUUCUCCCCGGCGGUACUCACGUCAAUGCCACUCAUUACGAAGUGACGGUGAAGUGCUCUGGUUGUUCAUACUGGGGCGAUGACUCUACCGGAAUCACUCGUCUAGAGCCCAAGGGUCAGAACUACAUGGCCUUCGCCUUUGCAGCCAGCCCCCCGGACGAGCCCGCCAACAAUCAGUCGUCCUUCAGCAUCCACGACCAGCUGGGACAUUGGGUCCAUGAUUUCAGCCAGGGCACAAAUGCCGCGUUCAAUACGACUGUGUCGAAGAACUCGUAG